CAGAGCUCGGGACUGGAAAACAUAGUUCACCCCCGGAGUGGCAGUGGCUGUCCGCACCUGGGAUCCGCCCAAGCUGAAUGAAGAUGAGCGCUUUUGGAGUAAUAUCGUGUGGCAUCCAUGCCCAUCAGUGUGCCCAAUUACUGAGGAUUGGAGUACAUGGUGGAGCGUGCCGCAGCCUACAUGUUACAGGAAGAUAUGCCGCCAAGGAGUAUUAUGAUGUGGUGGUAGUUGGUGGCGGUGCGGGUGGCAUUACAAUGAGUGCUCGAAUGAAAAGGAAAGUAGGAGCUGGAAAAGUGGCCAUCAUUGAGCCAAGUGAGACACACUACUAUCAGCCCAUCUGGACCCUUGUCGGUGGAGGUGCCAAGAAGCUAGCAAGCUCUGCUCGUCCCACAGAGAGCCUAAUCCCCUCAGGGGUCAAAUGGAUCAAAUCAGAAGUGAAAAGCUUUGACCCUGAUAAGAACACUAUCCGAAUUAAUGAUGACAAAGAGAUUAGCUAUAAGUAUUUGAUAAUUGCCCUUGGCAUUAAAUUACAGUAUGAAAAGAUUAAAGGUUUGCCUGAAGGUUUUAAUUAUCCCAAAAUUGGUUCAAACUACUCAGUGAAAACUGUUGAGAAGACGUGGAAAGCUCUGCAGGACUUUAAGAAGGGAAAUGCCGUAUUUACCUUCCCCAACACCCCGGUGAAAUGUGCUGGAGCUCCUCAGAAAAUCAUGUACUUGUCAGAAGCAUAUCUCAGAAAAACGGGAAAGAGAUCAGAUGCCAAUUUCAUCUUUAACACCUCGCUGGGAGUCAUCUUCGGGGUGAAGAAGUACGCAGAUGCUUUGCUGGAGAUCAUUAAAGAAAGGAACAUCCAGGUGAACUACAGACACAAUCUGAUUGAGGUGCGGGCAGACAAGCGGGAAGCUGUGUUCGAGAACCUGGACAAACCUGGAGAAACCAAAGUUUUGGAGUAUGAAAUGCUUCAUGUAACCCCACCCAUGGGACCCCCAGAUGUUUUGGUGAACAGUCCCGUGGCAGAUGCAGGUGGCUGGGUAGAUGUUGACAAGGAAACCCUGCAACAUAAAAAAUAUCCCAAUGUGUUUGGUAUUGGGGAUUGCACAAACCUCCCAACAUCUAAGACCGCAGCGGCAAUAGCUGCCCAAUCUGCAGUACUUGAUAAAACCAUCUCCUUGGUAAUGAAGAACCAGAGACCAUCAAUGAAGUAUGAUGGGUAUACCUCGUGCCCGCUGGUGACCGGUUACAAUAAAGUCAUUCUGGCAGAGUUCGACUACAACGCUCAACCUCUGGAGACUUUUCCUAUUGAUCAAGGCAAAGAGAGGAGGACGAUGUAUCACAUGAAAGCCGAUAUGAUGCCGUUCCUUUAUUGGCAUAUGCUCCUCAAGGGUUAUUGGGGAGGACCAGCACCCUUCAGGAAACUGCUCCAUCUUGGUCUAAAAUGAAAGAAAGCCAUCUUUUCAACAUCUGACCAUAAAAAUAAAAGAGCACCUCAACUAUAAUCUGACCCGUAACAAUUAUGGAACAUUAUAGACCAUCUCCUAUAACCAGCUUUUAUAUCUCCGUAUGAGCUACCUUGUAUUUGCUAGUGGAAUUAUUAGAAUAUAUCAUAGAUACUCUAUGAUAUAUUCUAAUACUCUAGUAGCAUUCACAUAGCUAUAACUGUGAAUUAUGGAGGCCAGUCUCAGAAGGAAGAAUAUUUUGCUUUAAGGAUGGAAGUCCUGUUAUUAAUAUUUUUAAAAAAUGUGUUUUUUAAGACAAAUUUAGUAAAAUUUAGUUAAGUGAAUAUAUUGCACAGCACAAUGGCUAUUGGUUUUUGGACUAUUUUUGUUGCACAUAAUUGUACUUUUGGGUUGGAGGAUUUUUCUUUUUACAGAACAAAUAAAAUAGUGCAUACACAAUCAUGCACAUUUGUUACAAAAGAA